AUGGUUACGUCAACGAAAUCAAAUCGAUCACACACUCCGAGGAAGCCCGCCUCCGGGACAAAUAUCUCUAAGAAACCUGCCAAACCGAACGCAAGCAUCUUGAGUUUUUUCAAGAAGGCCGACAAACCAGAGGAUUCCCUUUUCGAUUCCCUCUUCGUAGCUGCCACAUCGGAAGCACUUGAAAACGGCACGAAGGACCUGUACAGCGCAAACGACUCCGAUCGAUAUAAUGAAGUCGAAUCGUCAAAUAAGAAGAGGAAGCUGAGCCCAGAGUUGGAGGAGGGUCCGAAGAGAAGGGAGCCAGUGAAGGUGGAACAAACGACCUCGCCAGCAAAAGCCGAAGAUGACUCUCGACCCAAGAGAGCCCGAAUCAAGACCGGUUUCGUGAUUGAUUCCGAUAGCGAAGAUGAAGCCGACAACUCCGACGAUGAUGAAGACCACCCCACAACGUUGAAACAGGAAUGCUCUAAAGACGAACAAUUCGAUGGUCCCGAGGAAUUCUUCGACAUAUCUGGGCUUGACGCGGACGACUUUGAAGGCGAAGAAAUGCGAGAGAUGCGGUUCAUGCGAGCGCAGGCCCGCCUCGAAGCAGAGGAAGCAGGGGGUCUCUCGAGCGAAGAUCUAGCCGAUGAGCCCUUCGACGAUGGAUCCAUGAUAGAAAGCUGCCCAAUCUGCAAUGGCAGUUUGGUUGGGGUUUCUGCCGACGACGCCACACGCCACGUCAACUCGUGCCUUGAUGGUAAUCCGAUUCCGUUACCUGAAAUGGAAAAAACAGUACUGCACAGUCCAAAGGAGUCAUCGGAGGUUGAAUCCGGUGAUCUCGGCAAAAGAUUUGCGCGAGCAGCGGUCCCUAGACCUGGGCAAGCUAACCCUUUCGACAUCAAUGCUCCAGGAAGCGCACCCAAGUCUGCAUUCUCAAAACUCAUGUCCAAUAAUGCUGAAGAUUCAGCUUGGGCAACAGCCGCUGCCGCCGAAACCUCGUCACGAGGCAAGCCCGCGUAUGAAAGGAUAUGUCCAUUCUACAAAAUCAUGCCAGGGUUCUUCAUUUGCGUGGAUGCAUUUCGCUAUGGUGCCGUGGAAGGAUGCAAGGCGUACUUUCUAAGCCAUUUCCAUAGUGACCACUAUAUCGGCCUUACGGCAAACUGGAGGCAUGGGCCCAUUUACUGCAGCAAAGUUACCGGCAGCCUUGUCAAGCAACAGCUCCGAACCGCCGCGAAGUGGGUUGUUGAGCUGGAGUUUGACAAAUCCUACGACAUUCCUGGGACCGAGGGAGCUACUGUCACCAUGAUACCAGCAAACCACUGUCCCGGGAGCUCUCUUUUUCUCUUCGAGAAAACCAUGCGGAGAGGUCCAAAUAGUCGGAUGCAACGCAUCCUACAUUGUGGUGAUUUUCGAGCAUGUCCUGCUCACGUCACACACCCGCUCCUCAAGCCCGAUGUCGUCGACUCCAUUUCAGGGAAAAUAAAACAGCAGAAGAUUGACAUCUGCUACCUUGACACCACAUAUCUCAACCCCCGCUAUUCAUUCCCGCGGCAAGACGAUGUCAUCAAAGCCUGUGCGGAUUUGUGUGGAUCAAUGUCGCCCGAUCCCAACUGCAAAGACGACAUCUGGGACCGGUCUUCGGGAACACCAACUGUUAGCAAAUUCUUUCAAAGCAAAAAUGCUGGCGAGAAUGCACAACCUGGGACUAAGGCGGGACCCCGACAGCGCCUCCUCGUGAUUUGCGGCACCUACUCAAUUGGAAAGGAACGCAUUUGCAUUGCGAUUGCGAAAGCCCUAGGAUCAAAGAUAUUUGCAUCGCCAGGCAAGAUUAAAAUAUGCAAGCAACUCGGCGACCCGGAGUUGACGGCAUUGCUUACCUCUAACCCUGUCGAGGCACAGGUUCACAUGCAAAUGCUCAUGGAGAUUCGCGCAGAGACGCUCCAAGAAUAUCUCAAUGGCUACAAGGCUCACUUCAGUCGUAUCGUUGGGUUCCGUCCCAGCGGGUGGAACUUCCGGCCUCCCAAUAGCAAGUCCGUUGGAGCCAACACAUCACCCGGCAGCAUACAAACGGACCAGAUCCUUCACGGCAAAGGCUGGCGAACGCGAUUUGGGUACAAAGACUUUGUUGCACAGAGAGGGAGCACCAAGGAAGCCAUGUGCUUUGGUGUGCCCUACUCGGAACACAGCAGUUUCCGGGAGCUAGCUAUGUUCGUCAUGAGCUUAAGGAUCGAAAAGGUGAUCCCCACGGUGAACGUGGGCAGCGAACAGUCAAGAAAUCGUAUGAAGGGGUGGAUCGAUCGAUGGAUGGCCGAGAGAAGAAGGGGAGGGCUGGUGACGCCACUUGUUGAGGACGACGACGAUGAGAAUAAAGCAUUGUGGGAGGGAAAGUCUGGCAAGGGAGGCGGGGCGUGGUGGUGA